AUGGAUGGUACAAUGCCUGCGACACUUUUCUACGGGAAGCCUUUGUGUGACUCGAAGUGUGAAUUAACUAAUGAUCGCGGCUAUGUAGUGUAUUCGGCGUUGGGCUCCUUCUAUAUUCCAAUGCUUGUGAUGCUCUUUUUUUAUUGGCGCAUAUACCGGGCGGCUGUGAGAACAACGCGGGCUAUCAAACAAGGAUUCAAAACCACUAAAGGUAGUCCUCGUGAGCCGAGUACCAACCGAUUUGAUGACUCGCAAUUAGUUUUACGAAUGCAUCGUGGACGUCCCUGCAACACCCCACAGCGAACCACCCUAUCAGUGCACUCUAUGUCAUCGACGCUUAGUGUGAAUAGUAAUGGUGAAGAUGGGUACAUUAUGUCACACCAUCAAACAACCAUUUCUCAGCCUCAUACGCCGAAGCGCGCCACUUCGAUGCGCUUACACCGCCAGCGACAUGAAAAGAUAUCUAUCAAGGUGUCUUUCCCCUCAUCUGAAAACAUGCUUGGUUCGCACUCAGCCUUGCCCAGUUCACCUCUGCCGACCUCUGCUUCUUUGAUAACGACCGCGCGAGGUAAAUCAGCACUUGGGAAUGGGCGGGGCGCUUCAUUUAAAACAAGUCUAAUCGAUAUCGGAGAGACGACUUUUAACACAGAAGGCGGUGUAAGAAAUUCGAGUGCUAGUACAACUGGCAGCCAACGGGACCUAGAGUCGGAUAUAGGUAGCGACAUCGGCAAUGGGAGUAACUCAACAGGAAAGAAGCGCGGGUGUAAGCGAAAUGCGAAAUUCCAAGCGAAACGCUUUCGCAUGGAAACAAAGGCGGCAAAGACACUCGCCAUAAUAGUUGGAGGUUUUAUCAUCUGUUGGUUGCCCUUCUUUACUGUUUAUCUUAUACGUGCCUUCUGCGAGGAAUGCAUCGAACCAACGGUUUUCUCAGUGCUCUUCUGGCUAGGCUACUGCAACUCAGCGAUAAAUCCGCUCAUCUAUGCCCUCUUCUCAAAGGAGUUUCGUAUCGCUUUUGAGCGCAUUAUCUGUCGUUGUGUGUGUACUCGUAGUGGAUUCCGGGCAUCUGAAAAUUUUCAAAUGAUUGCUGCACGCGCACUUAUGGCGCCAGCUACUUUUCACAAAACAAUCUCUGGCUGCUCCGAUGAAGAGGAAGGCGGAAUCCAUUUUAGUUGAUUUGUUGACAGCGUUUGUGUUUUGGAUACUCCACAGCAGCGAAUUACAAACGUGCAAAUAUAAAUUGCCAGCAGCAGCCAAGAGCGCUGACCGGGUUUCUGCAUUGAUAUAAAUAAAGGGAGGUCUUUAGAGACAUACAUAAUUA